GAGCCACUAGGCUGGCAGGAGAGGCAGCUGCUCACCUGGCUCCCUCCCCUCUCCCAGGAGGAGCUGGACCAGUCAUUCUCCCAGAGGGAGGCUUCCUAAGUGGCAAACACUCAGCUCAGAAUGAGGCCAAAUGCGGGAAGCACUUUACCAUUCAUUGACCUUGCGGGGACAUGCUGUCCUCAGCCUACCCAUGAAGACACUGGGGCCCAGAGUGGGGGAAGGGUCAUAUGGGCACAAGGCCUGACUGGCACUAGGCUGGUAUAGGGACCUGAGAGCUGUUACAAGGCCUAGUGCUAUAGGGAGCCUUCAUUCGGGGUUGUGGGCCCCUGCUUUGUCCUUGUACCACCAAGCUUGAGCAUGUGUGUUGUAGGCUGCUAGAGGCCACCCACCCUGUGUGAGGCCAGGCACUGGGCAUUUAUUUGAGCUACAGCCCUGGGGGAGGGGAAGCAAAAGAAUGAAGCCUGAGGGGAAAUUUCACCACCCAAGGGACUGGAGGACAAGAGGGACCUUUGCCAAGGUCAAAGCUGUCCUGACAGAAGCCAGGCUGGUGUCUGAACAUUUCUCACAGGCGCCACAGAAGUUGUCCUUCUACAACUGGUAUGGCAGCGCCAGACUGUUCCACUUCCGUGUGCCCCCAGACACCAUACUGCUGCGCUGGCUGCUGCAUGUGUCCUGGGACAGUGGCCCCACAUGCACUGAUGCAGAAAUUACUGUGCAUUUCCGCUAUGGCGCCCCUCCUGUCAUCAACCCCCUGGGCACCAGCUUCCCUGAUGACACCCCGGUGCAGCCCUCCUUCCAUGUCAGGGCACUGUUAAGUACCAUGCUGCUAGGCAACACCACGGUCAAUGUGUCCCACCCAGCCCCUGGAGACUGGUUUGUAGUCGCCCACCUGCCCCCCUCAUCUCAAAAGAUCGAAGUGAAGGGCUUUGUUCCCUCCUGCGCCUACAUCUUUCAGCCGGACAUGCUGGUUAUGCGGGCGGUUGAGUUCACAGUCCUGGAGCCUGAUGUGCCCCUUCCACAGAUCCUACUCACCCACCCCAGCUAUGUCAAGAUCUUUGUCCCUGAGUACACCCAGGAACUUCGGCUGGAGCUGCAGGGCUGUGUAUCCAGUGGGAGCCUGGGCUGCCCAGUACGUCUCACAGUGGGUGCAGCUAGCCUGCCCAACAACUUCCAGAAAGUGCUGACCUGCACCGGCCCUACCCCGUCCUGCCUUCUGCUGCUGCCCUCACCACCUUGGGGCCAGUGGCUACAAGUGACAGCUGAGAGCCUGGCAGGGCCCCACGUAUCAGUGGCCUUCAGUGCUGCGGCUACCCUCACAGCUGAGCCUUUUACCCUUUUGAUAGCCUGCAGGCCAAGGAGUGUGACCUUCCAGCGCCUUUUUCAAAAUAGCACAAACCAGAGCUAUGAUGCCACUGCAAGCCAUCUGUCCCUGAGCCCUGCCCACCAGGACCGGAGCAGGAGCAGUGGGAUGGGCAGUGGCCCCUUCUGCCUGCUGAGCUAUCCAGUCAUGAGAGAGGACAUGGAUGUGCUGUCUGUGCACUUCCAGCCCUUGGAUGGGGUCUUGGUGCUGGUGCGCUCAGACAAACCUUCUGUGAUGCGGCUCCGCCUUGAUACAGGCAUGGACAGUGGGGGCUCCCUCACUAUCACCCUGAGGGCCAACAAGACCGAGGUCACAAAUGAUACCUUGGUGGUGGCCUGCGUGAAUGCUGCUUCACCCUUCCUCAACUUCAACACUUCACUUAGCUGUACUACAGCCUUUUUUCAGGGCUACCCCCUAUCUCUGAACGGCUCAUCGAACACAGCCAACCUCGUCAUCCCCUACCCGGAGACAGACAACUGGUACCUCUCCCUGCAGCUCACGUGCCCUGAAAGUCCUGAGGACUGCGAUCAAGCCAAGGUUCGCGUACAGACCACCAUGUACCUGGUCCCUUGUUUGAAUGACUGUGGACCCUAUGGCCAGUGCCUGCUGCUCCGCAGAUAUGGCUACCUGUAUGCAGGCUGCAGCUGCAAAGCAGGAUGGCGUGGGUGGAGCUGCACCGACAACAGUACCGCCCAGACGGUGGCCCAGCAGAGGGUGGCUGCACUCCUGCUCACCCUCAGCAACCUCAUGUUCCUGGCUCCCAUUGCUGUGUCUGUGCGCCGUGCCUUCCUGGUGGAGGCCUCCGUCUACCUCUACACCAUGUUCUUCUCCACGUUCUACCAUGCCUGUGACCAACCGGGGGAAGCCGUGCUGUGCAUCCUCAGCUAUGACACGCUCCAGUACUGUGAUUUUCUGGGCUCUGGGGUGUCUACCUGGGUCACCAUCCUCUCCAUGGCCCGGCUGAAGACAGUUCUGAAACAUGUCCUGUUUCUCCUGGGCACACUGGUCAUCGCCAUGUCCUUGCAGCUGGAUCGCAGGGGCAUCUGGAACAUGAUGGGACCCUGCCUCUUUGCCUUCGUGAUCAUGGCUUCCAUGUGGGUGUACCGCUGCGGGCACAGGCACCAGUGUUAUCCCACCUCGUGGCAACGCUGGGCCUUCUAUCUCCUGCCUGGCAUCGCCAUGGCUUCUAUGGGCAUCACCAUCUAUACUUCCCUGAUGACCAGCGACAACUAUUACUACACACACAGUAUCUGGCACAUACUCCUAGCUGGGAGCGCAGCCUUCCUGCUACCACCACGGGAUGAACAGGCUGAGCCCUGGUCUUGCUCACAGAAGUUGCCCUGCCACUAUCAAAUCUGCAAGAAUGAUCGGAAUGAGCUAUACACUGUGACGUGAUGUGGCCAGCCUGGGAACAUCUGCUACUGAUAAUCUCUUCAGCCAUAAGUAGGACCAAGGAAGAGGAGGCCUGUCCAGCCCUGUCUAGAUUGGUUCCCAACUGAAUAAAAUUGCCCUGAGACCCUUUGCUUCCUCCUCCAGAGGAAAGGAACACCCUCCUCCCCAGCACACACACACACACACACACACACACACACACACACACAGAGGACCUGCUCCCCUGUGUCUGCUGUCGACAUCGUCAACGAGACCCUCAGCAUAUCUCAGUGGCUCUGGCAGUGAUCCCUGGAGAUCACAGACAACGGGUGUGGGCAGGUUCUUAUGCCCUGCCGGCCUGGUGGUGAUUAGAGGCUGGAGGUAGUAGAGAAAAGCUCCCUAUUGCCUUGUUCCCCUGUGAGGCUGUGAUGUGAGGACCUACAUGGCCGAGAAGGGUUAGUUAGUCCCUGAGGCCGGCAGCCUGGUGAUCUGGCUGUGUGCCCGACUGCCUCUGUGGGGAUCCUAUGCUGCUGCAGUUGCAGUGGGAGAGACCAGGGCUACGGCAGUGGAUGGCCCCUGGGGAUACAGGGUCUUGCCCUUCUCUCUAGCUCUCAGAUCUUAGGAAGAGCCUCCUGAGAGGGGGCUGCUCAGCUGUUCUGAGUGUGAUGAGUACAUCCCCCCAAGUUUUGGGGCCCUUGUCGGGCAAGCAUCCUUUUGAAUAAGACUUAGGAGCCUAAGUGGUGGCUGUCUACCCUCCCUGCACUGGACCAAGUGAGACUCAGAAAAGUGCCUCUGGAGAGCUUGUUUAGUCUUGCCAGGUCAGGUGACUCCGGGCUGACUGCUUCCGGGAGCAGUGCCUGCCCCUCCCCCAAGGGCUGGGAGCAGGUGCUGCGUCCUCCUACCCUUUAACUCUGGGGCUUCCUUUCUGGUUUCUGGUUGGGUGUAGUCUUCGGCGUCUCCCGCGGCAGUUACUCCACACUUAGACGCGAAAGCACUCCCCAGUCUCAGAGUAAAUGUGUACUUCGGGUGUUUUUUUGGGGGGUGGGGUGGGACAAGAUCUCGCUUUGUAGUGCAGGCUGGCCUUG